AUGGCAAAUGAUAACAAAGAUAUUGGUGAAAUCGUAAAGAAGUGUAAAAUUUUGCUGUUGGACAUCGAGGGAACAACAACAUCGAUCAGCUUUGUUAAGGAUAAGCUGUUUCCCUACGCAGAAGAAAAUGUAAAACAGUUCCUAGAAGCUCAGUGGGAGAAUGAUGAUGUAAAGGAAUCGGUGACAGAGCUGAGGAAACUGGCGAUUGAAGAUAAGGAAAAAAAUGUUGAGGGACUCGUAGCUAUCCCUGGCGAGGAUGCCUCUAAGGAAGAUCAAAUUGAGGGUCUAGUCAACAAUGUCAAAUGGCAGAUGUCCGCUGAUCGUAAAGUAGGUGCUCUCAAACAGUUGCAGGGGCUCAUAUGGAAGCAGGGCUAUGACAAAGGAGACCUUAAGGGGCAUGUCUUCGAUGACGUCUCUACAGCACUAGAACAAUGGCAUUCAAUUGAAGGUCAAAAAGUGUACAUCUAUUCAUCAGGCUCGGUUCAAGCUCAGAAACUUCUCUUUGGACAAUCAUUAGCUGGUGACCUCCUCAAAUAUAUAGAUGGUCACUUUGACACUGCGGUUGGAGGAAAACAGGAAGAGUCUAGCUACAAGGCUAUAGUGGAAAAAAUAGGCUGCAAUGCUGAUGAAGUAUUAUUUAUUACUGACAUUGUUAAAGAAGCUGAAGCAGCAUCAAAAGCAGGUCUUCAUGUGGCGUUGGCCAGCCGUGAGGGAAACAGUUCAUUACCCACCGAGGCCACUGACAUUUACCCUGUGAUACAUACAUUCACACAACUAGCAGUCUCUAACAAACGCAAGACUGAACCUCAGGAUGAACAACCUGCUAAAGUACCUAAAACCGACAUACAGAAAGACGUCAAAUCGGCUUCUGAAACAGAUUCAUCUAAAGAAGAGACACCACUACCUGAGAAAGUAGAGGAACCAGAAAAAAUGGAUGUGGAAGAAACAAAAGAUGAACCAGCGAAAGAAGAGGAAAAGGUUAAAACUGAAAUAUCCAUUGAGGAUGUUACGAACACAAAAGAAGUUACUGAAAAUGUAGUCGAUAUGGAGCCUGUAGUACAAGAAGUUGAUGAGAACAAACCGGAGAAAACUGAAGCUAUGGAAACAGAGACCGCUGAUGAUAAAGUGGACAACAAAAAAGACGAAGCAGUAGUAGAAAAAGAAAAAGACACACUUGUUGAAAAUAACGUAAAUACAGACUCAAAAGACAAGACUGAAACUCCUGACGUGCCAAAAGAGAACUCCGACAAAAAUGGUACAGAGACGAAUACUCCCGCCUCUGAAGCAUCUCCUACAGUGAUAACUGAAAUAGAAGAAGUAACGAGCGACAAAGAAAAUAUUAGCGAAAUGGCCGAAAUAAUUGAGGACUUAGAGCCAGUGGUUGAAGAACCGGCGGCCGCUGAGGACGUCGAAGAAUUACGAAAUGUUGGUGACGUACUUGAAAAGGAAUGCGAUGAGAUACUAUCAAAGGUACAGGGUGUUACCAAUCUGGACACGAUGCCAUUAAGACCGCUACUAAACCCCAUCGUAGAGGAAUCAAUGGAAGCCGAAAAUACGAACGACAUUAUGGACAGCAUAUUAGACACUGAACUCGAAAUGGAAAUGAAAAACAACGAGGCAACAGCGAAAGAAAAACAUCCAGAAAAAAAUAUAGACGACAAAGAAAAACAGGUCGAAAAGAACGGAGUGUUAGAAGAAACUGUCACUGAGAGCGAUGUUAAAAUAGAAAUAACACCAGAAGAACCUGUAGAUAAGAGUGAACCAGAAGAAAACAAAGAAGAUAAAAAAGAUAUAAAUGACAAAACAGAAGAAAAAAACGCAGAACCAUCAAAAGAAACAGACAAAACGACAGAAGAUGCACAGGUUAAUGGAAAAACGAACGGCGACCUAAUAGAGAACGGAGAUUCAAACAAAACGGAGGAAUUAAACACGAGAUUGACGGAGAAUGGAGACGAUGUGAGACAGAAUGGAGACGCGAAGAACGGUGAUGAAAAGGUGGAACCUGAAGUAACAGACAUUAAGGUUAAGACAGUAUCGACGGAGGAACCGAGAACCGACCUCAUAGAACAAGCCACUGAGGCAUAA